GCAUCUGAUUUACUUUUAAAUGCCCCCGAUUUAACACCAAAUAAGCAAAAUAAAAAAUUUGACGCAUCUGAAGAUGAUGAAUUGAAAAAAUCGAAUCUUCCAAAAUUUUCUGUCAAAAAUUGCA